UUUCACAGUCGAAAUAUUUGAAGACCAUCUGCUCUGUGUCAUGGAGGUUCACGGGAUUCGUCUUUUCUUUCUUUUGCUACUGAGCACGCAAACUUCUAUUUCUGUGAUAUCAAGCUCCAUGUUUAAGUUGGCAACAUCAGGUUACAGAUUGGUUGGUCAUGUGACCCACGAAUAUAGUGCAUUGGAUGCUUUCCACUGCGCUCAGAAAUGCUUGACAAGGCAUCCCGCUUGCAAAUCGAUAAAUUUCAAUAAAGAAAAACAGUCUCAUUCCGGCACAAAUUGCGAGCUGAACAACGCCGUCAAGUCAACAUAUCCUGAGGAAUUUGAACUAAUGAGAAACGUGAAUUACUAUGAAAUACUGGAAAAAUCGCAAGAUAAAAGUGAUUCAAGGGUCGAUGGCUCUUCAAAGGCCCCCACUUGCCCGCUUAAUUGGAAAGAAUAUAAUGGUCGUUGCUACUAUAUCAGUGGUAAUGUUACAUCAUCUUCGUCCACGGCGAGGAAGAACUGUACUUCACAAGGCGGCGACUUGGCUGUACCAACAAAUGCUGAAGAAAAUCGAUUUAUCUUCAAUGAGAUAAAAAAUCAAAUCGCUCGUCACCCCUAUAUUGGUCUGUUCAGAGUUAAUCGGGAAAACAAGUUUGAAACUGUCGAUGGAACUAAACCAUCCUACAAAAAUUGGGGUCGUGGCGAACCGAAUGAUCGCAAGGGAGAGGAAGAUUGUGUCGCCUUGCGCAUCAACGACGGAAAAUGGAAUGACGUAAAUUGUUUCAGUUCCAGGCACUUUGUUUGCGAAAUCAAGGUCUAA